UACUUUGUGGCUUAUUAUUGAUUGAUGAAUGUACACAACAUGUGCAUAAUUAUGUGCUUGCUGUGACUAGAGUGGAUUUUAUAGCUUGAUUGAUUUGUUUUGAAGUCGACUGACUGGUGCUUAUAAAGAGAGAGCGAGAUGCAGUCUGCAGGUAUCUGGUUGCAGUCCUUUGCUAACGCAUUGAAGACAUUCAUGAGUGGAGAAGCAGGAUCAUGUGGUUGUGGUCCCGGCUAUGCCACUCCACUAGAGGCAAUGGAGGGACCUCGUGAGAAGCUCCUCUACAUACCUUGCAUCUAUCGAGGUACAGAGCAGAAUAAGCCAGAUUAUCUUGCAACGGUUGAUUGCGACCCGGACUCUCCCACUUACAGACAGGUGAUACAUCGCCUCCCCAUGCCCUAUAUUGGAGAUGAGCUGCAUCACAGUGGGUGGAACGCUUGCAGCAGCUGUUUCGGAGACUCGUCCAGGAAGAGGAAUCGUCUGAUGCUCCCCUCCCUGGUCUCCUCACGGGUCUACGCUAUUGACGUGGGGACCGACCCUCGUGCACCGCAGAUACACAAGGUGAUUGAGGGUGAUGAGGUUACCAGGGUAACGGGUCUGUCAGUCCCACACACCUCCCACUGCCUUGGAUCAGGUGACAUCAUGAUCUCAGCAAUGGGGGACAGGGACGGCAAUGCUAAAGGUGGGUUCAUUCUGGUCGAUGGAACCACGUUCACGGUCAAGGGUAACUGGGAGGCACCCGGGAAUGCCACGCCCUUUGGAUACGACUUCUGGUACCAGCCUCGCCAGAACGUAAUGAUCAGCAGUGAGUGGGGGGAACCCAACACGUUCCUGCAAGGAUUCAACCCAGCACAUGUGGCCAACGGUAAGUACGGCCACUCUCUACACGUGUGGGACUGGACAGAGCAUAAAGUGAUCCAGACCAUAGACCUUGGUGACGAGGGCCUCAUUCCACUGGAGCUGCGGUUCCUCCACGAUCCUACUGCCACUCAAGGUUACGUGGGAGCAGCUCUCUCUUCCAAUAUCAUACGCUUCUACAAGAACGAGCAAGGCUCCUACUCUACUCAGAAAGUGGUGGACAUACCUGGCAAGAAAGUAGAGGGAUGGGCCCUGCCGGAGAUGCCAGGACUGAUAACAGAUUGCCUCCUCUCAUUGGACGAUAAGUUCCUGUACUUCAGCAACUGGUUACAUGGUGACAUCCGUCAGUACGACAUCAGCGACAGGGCGAACCCACGUCUGGUUGGUCAGAUAUUCCUGGGAGGGUCCAUCUGUAAGGACAGCGGUGUCACAGUGACAGAGGACAAGGAGUUGACGGAACAACCUGAUCCUGUCUUUAUCAACGGUAAGCGUGUUGAUGGUGGUCCCCAGAUGAUCCAGCUCUCCCUGGAUGGGCGGAGACUCUACGUGACGACCUCCCUCUUCAGUGCAUGGGACAAGCAGUUCUACCCAGACCUAGUCAAAAAUGGCUCCUUCCUCCUGCGAAUGGACGUCAACACUGAGAGUGGAGGACUGACUCUGGACAAAGACUUCUUCAUCGAUUUUGGCCUCGAGCCCGAAGGCCCGUCAUUGGCCCAUGAGAUACGUUACCCUGGCGGCGACUGCACCUCGGAUAUUUGGAUCUAGAGUGGAGAUAUUGGACAAUUUUUGUUGUUGUUUUUAACUGAAAUAUAUAAAAGACUGAAUUAUAAUUUAGUUCUCAGAGAUGAAAUAAUUAUUACAAUACAAAGCUUGCAGCAUUUGUGGUUACGAUUUCACAUGAGAUUUCAUGUGUAUAAAAUUGAAUUAAUGAAA